GUCAUGUUCGUACUGCACUUUUGCCUCACUUCUAAAGGAAGCACUGCCCUAGAGCAAAUCCCAGUGUUUCGAGCUGAAUCUACCACAGGAAAUUCGGUCAGUUUAAGUCUCGGACAUAACCGGGGAUUAUAUAUAAAAUAAAGUCGUUGUUCCGUACUUUCCAUCAGAAUUCAACGAUUCGAUAAAGAAUGAACCCUGCUGGUGUAAAGCCUCCAGGCACACAUCCAGGAUUGAGAACUGACAGAUUACUCUCAUUGUUCAUCUGCUGAGUAAGCUCCUUCUGAUAAGACUCUCUAAAAACUUCUGCCUGCCCUUCAUCCUGUCAACAUCAAAAAAGCCCUCAGCCAUUUGCUGGGGCAAAACAGUGCCACCAUGGAUACAGAGUCCACCUACUCUGGCUACUCAUACUACUCCGGACGGUCGAGGGGAUCUCACAGACAUGGAGAGCGUAGCCGGGACCACCACAAAUCCCGCAGUAAGGAGAGCAGUCGCUCGGAGAAGUCUGUCACUAUCAACGCUCCCCCAGCAGAGCCAUUGUUAGGAGACCAGUCAGUGCGAGGAGAAGAGGUUCAGGAUGAUAACUGGGGUGAGACUACGACAGCUGUCACUGGCACCUCAGAACACUCUCUAUCUCAGGAGGACAUUGUUCGCAUCAGCAAAGACCUCGACGAUAGCGUGGGCCUAGACUGCAAACGUUAUCUAAAUGUGGCUCUGUCUGUAAUCCUGGGACUCGUGGUUUUUCUGACUCCACUUGCCUUCCUUAUCCUGCCUCACCUCCUCUGGCCUGAUAGACUGAUAGCCUGUGGAACGGCCUGUGAAGGUCUCUUUAUAUCUGUGGCAUUUAAACUGCUGAUUUUAUUGUUGGCAGUGUGGGCUCUAUUCUUCAGGCCACCCAGGGCUGGUUUGCCAAGAAUCUUUGUAUUUCGAGCCUUACUAGCCACACUGGUGCUACUGUUUGUGCUUUCCUAUUGGUUGUUUUAUGGAGUACGCAUCCUGGACUCACAGGAUGAGGACUACCAAGGGAUUGUGCAGUAUGCGGUUUCACUAGUGGACGCUCUGCUCUUUAUCCACUACCUGGCCAUUGUGCUGCUGGAGCUCAGACAGUUACAGCCGUUCUUCUCUCUCUUUGUCACACGCUCCACGGAUGGAGCAACACAACACUAUAACUUGGGUCAACUGAGCAUCCAGAGGGCAGCAGUGGUUAUCCUAGAGAACUACUACAAAGACUUCCCUGUCCAUAAUCCUGCGAUGCUAACAGCUUCCAAGUCCCGCGCCGCCAAACACCUGGCUGGUCUUAAAGUCUAUAAUGUGGAUGGUCCAGGAGGGAAUAAUGCAGCUGCUGGAAUAGCCCAGUCUCAGUCUCGAGCAAUGAUUGCUGCUGCUGCCCGCCGCAGAGACAGCAGUCAUAACGAACUCUACUACGAAGAGGCAGAGCAUGAGAGACGUGUCCGCAAACGCAAGGCUAGGCUGGUGGUGGCAGUCGAGGAGGCGUUUACACACAUUCGUCGCAUGCAAGAGGAGGAAAAGAAAAAGGCACCUGGUGACGUGAUGGACCCACGUGAGGCAGCUCAAGCCAUCUUCCCUUCCAUGGCCAGAGCACUGCAGAAAUACCUCCGUACCACCAGACAGCAGCACCUCCACAGCAUGGAGAGCAUACAGCAGCACUUAGCUUUCUGCAUCACAAACAACAUGACACCCAAGGCAUUUCUGGAGAGUUACCUGACCACAGGCCCUACACUGCAGUAUGGAAAGGACCGCUGGCUUGCCAGGCAGUGGACCCUUAUCAGCGAAGCCUCAGUUACCAGUGGUCUGAAAGAUGGGACCAUUUUUCUGCUAAAAUGCAUUGACUUUAGCCUAGUAGUCACUACCAAAAAGAUACCUUAUAUUAAGCUUGAUGAAGAAUUCAUUGACCCAAAGUCACACAAAUUUGUGCUUCGACUGCAGUCUGAGACUUCAGUUUAGAGAUUUUUUUUUUCUCAGAUUUUCUUCUGGGAUAUAUUUUUAUUCCACUUUCAAGUAAUAUAUAUGUAUAUCAAAUGUUUAAAAAUAUUUCUUUUUCUUUUAUGAAUUUGUUUUGUUCAUGCUUAAAUGUUCAUUGGAAUUAACACGUUUGCAGUCAAACCAAAAAAAAAAAAAGUCAUAUCAGAUAAAACUGUUAUGGAGGUUAAAUAUAAUUUCUGACACUACCUAUUAAUGUUUGUAAAAUACAGAAACAGUAAAGGAUGGCGGAUAGUGGGUGCAGUCAAAUACUUUUUCAGUGGACCACAGAGAGAUGAAUGGACUCAAAUGGGCACAUUUUCUCUGCCUUGCUACUCUUUAUAAAAACACUCUGGGAAUAUGAUCUGCAGACAUUCUGCAAGAUCCACAAUAGUGCAGUUGGAGCUGAAAAGAUGAGACUUUCAGGAACAUUGGCCAAUUACUUUAUCGUUAUAGUAACAGGUUUUCCCAUCAUAACGUUCACAAGCACAUCUUCUCAGACAAAUGACCUACUACUACUGUAAAUGCACAUCAAACAUUUCCAAGGCACAUUUAUAACAGUCUUGUUUGUGCUAAUAGGACACGUCUUUGUUUAUAUAAAUAUAUAACAUUACACAAUUAAAAUUAUGCAAAAAGUAUGUCAUAUUUUUGACUCACAGUUUAUCACUGACUUUUUAAUCUUAUAAUUGUGAUU